CUUGAACAUCCACGGUUUUAUUUUCGCCCUGGCAUCCUUAUGGUGUUUGUCCUGGCAUUUAUCAUCUUCGUCUACAUCAAUUCAUCAAGGCCAUCAGGAACAUGGACAGAUUCACUGUCAUGGGGCAGAAAACACACAAAAAUGGCUACUCACUCAACCACAGCGGGUAGACGGCUUAGCAACCAGACUAUAAUCAGCCCAUACCUAGUGGCUUACCCGCACGAUUACUAUUUCAUCCUGAACGAGUCGGCAAGGUGUCCAUCUGAACGCCCUUACCUGGUUCUCAUGGUGCCUGUCGCUCCAAAGGACAGAGCUUCUCGUGACGUCAUCCGCAGCACCUGGGGCAACGAGACUACGGUGCUGGGUAAGACAGUCCGUCUGUUCUUCAUGCUGGGCCUCCCAGGGAUCAACGGGAGGGAGCAAACUCAGGAAGAGAUCUUUGAGGAGAGCAGAGAGCACCAUGACCUUCUACAGAGUGACUUCUUGGACAGUUACCAGAACCUGACCAUCAAAACUUUGAUGAUUCUGAAAUGGCUGUCCACGUACUGCUCAGACGCCUCCUACGCUUUGAAGGCCGACACGGACAUGUUUGUCAACGUUCGCAACCUGGUGAAGAUGCUUCUAAAGGCACCGAAGAAAAACUACAUGACUGGAAUCGUGGCUAAGCAUGGCACAGCAUCGCGUAAUCCCAAGUCAAAAUGGUACCUCCCGGUGGACGUGUUUCCUGGCAACAGGUUCCCUCCAUAUGCAAUGGGCCAGGCUUAUGCCUUUUCUUUAGACCUGCCCGGUAAGCUUCUGGAGGCAGCCAAACAUGUUAAGGCAAUCUAUAUCGAGGAUGCGUAUGUUGGCUUGUGUAUGAAGCAUUUGGGAAUUCGCCAUACUGAACCACCCUCACACUCUCUGUUCAACCUCUACCUCAGGUACCCUCAGAGUCGGUGUUUCUACUCCAAGAUCAUUUCGGUCAUUUUAAGGAGCAGAGAGCAGAUACAGGAGAUCUGGAAAAACUUAAAAAAGCCAGGGCCAGCUUGCUGAAGCUAUCAUCCCAUCCAGAGAGGAAGCCUUCAGUUACAGUGGAUGAAGUUAGUGGCAGGUAUUAUGAAAGGCUUGUUCCGAGGAUGGUACAAGAAUGCGUCGUUAAAAUAAAGUGAAGUGCAGUGAAAUCGACUCCCUGAUCCAGACAGUGUAGACCUUC